UUUGCUUGCUUGCUUGCUUCUUGCUUGUUCUCCAAACCCACAGUUGUGUGGGCAGAGCGUGUGGACGGCUUGUGGGCAGAUGACACAAAAUGGCUCGGCGACAAGGCACCCUGUGCGGACCAGCACGCUCGCACGACCUUCUUCGAUAAUGGCCCUGACUACGACAUCCUCCUGGACCAGCACACGGCCGUGAAGAGCUUUGUGUGGCAGCAAGGCGCCACGCUCCGCAUCGCCAUGGGCACAGCGUUUGUGUUCACGCGAAACGCAUCCGCAUCGAGCUUUGUCAACAUCACCAACACCGGCACGGACUGCACGGAGCGCUUUGCCACAACCACACCCGCACCGACAACCACUUACGUCGACCCACCGGUCGUGGACACGUAUUGUGACGCAUGCCACCUUGUGGACUCAGAGGAGCCUGUCCCAAAUCUUGACGUCUCUCUUCAGCCCAACGCAGGGGACACGAGCACGUUUGAUGAGCAGUCAGGCGUUUGGAGCAUUUCAAGCUCCGUGUCCAUGGUUACGAUUCAGCCUGUAUCACAAGACUUUGUUGUUGUGCGAUACCGGCUGACAUUCCCAGAAGGCUGCUGCACCGCCACUCGUGCAAGCAUCGAGCUUCGUGCACAGGCAAACAAUCAAGGCCCCUUUGUGCUCUUGCACAGCGCUACCGACAUUGCAAUCGCCCCAAACACCACCUUUGAGCUUCCCGCAUGCUCUUCUCCACUGCAGGCCUUCACGUCAUACGUGCUGCAUGUCCGACCAGAGGAGCCGGGAACACUCGCCGUCAGCGAUAUCGGCCUCAUUCGCCAAAAGUGCGCCAUUUCCGAUGGCGCAAGCUUCCAUGGUGUGGUGCCGCAUCACUUGACUGCGAACGGGGAUGUGACCAUCUACAGCAACAACAUCACGCAGUUUCACGACACCCUGAGCGCGCAGGGCAUCCUCACCACCCCAACCGUGACGCUGUUGAGUGCGACAAGCGGCAGCUUCACCAUCCGUGUGGAAGGAUACAUGGGUGACGACGCCAUCAGCCUCUUCCUCAACUCCUCCCAAUCGCUGGCGCCACCCAUUUCUCUUCUGCACGCGAUCAACACCGGUACCGCUUCCGCCACACUGUCUGGCCGCGAACCGGGCACGCUUGGCCCGCUCGGCUACGGCGUCGUAUACGGAAACAUCCCGCAUGCUGGAGACUCCAUGGCUUACUCCCUCAUCUUCACCAAGUCCAGCCCACCGUUUGGCCAGCCCCCAACGAAGUAUGAGGCGAAGAUUCAAUCACAGAGUGGCUCGAACCUCGAUUUCCAGCUGCCAGCCAACAUCCCGCCUGGAGCAUACGAUGUGACCGUGUCAACAAUCAUUGGCGAGCCAACAACCGCGCUCGAUUUGUUCACCGUCAUCCAGGGACCCCAUAUUACGUUUAUUGAGCCGCCCCAAGCGCGGCCUGGCGACCUCAUCACCAUCACCGGGAAACGGCUGGCUGAAGUGUCCCCAUCCGUCUUCUACGGGCCCUCCCACAUAUUUCCGCUCUUUGCCAACGCAACGUACAUUCUGGCACGCCUGCCCUCGGAUCCAUCCUCAACGCUCGAGAGACUGCGAGUUGCGACGAUCAUCGGGCAGGUCAUAUCCGACCCUUACCCGCUACUGGUUGUCACGCAGAUCACGCCGAGCGCGCCAGUUCCAGGGCAGCAGGCGCACAUCUACAUCUCCAACCUGGCGUCCCAGCCGGAAUUCGUCGUCUCGCAAGUCUUCGUUGGCAAUGUGCCAGCCUCCAUCGUGGGUAUUGAGAGCGGCGCUGUCGUCAUCAACAUGCCACCCGUGCACCUGAACAGCACUGAUGUGCGCGUUGUACUGUACGAUGAUCGAGAGCUGUCCGCAUUGCUCGGCGUGGGCGUCCUCUUCCACACCAUAGCGCCAAAUGUUGGUGUGCCUGACAUGACAAUCACGAUUCGAGGCAGCUUCUACGCGCCCAACAUCACCGCAGCAUCCCUUGCUGGUAUCCCCGUCGAUGCUUUGACGCCGAUCACUUCCAGUUCCAUCGUUGUUGUGCCUGCUGGGUACGGAAGAACGCCGCCGCCAUUACGCACCGUCUCCGUCACACUGAACCAGGAGGUGCUGGAGCUGCCGCAGUUCUCGUUCACGUAUGCGACCCCGGUCAUCACCGCCAUCUCCGCCCCAGUCACGUGGACAGGGCACAUCCUGAGCCUCUACGGUAUGGACCUUAUCGCUCCCUCAGAGCCGUCAUCGAUCCACUACACUAUCCUGCUUGAUGGCGUGCAACUCGUCACGCUGGCCCUGUCCAGCACAGAGAUUGUCGUGCAAGUGCCGUCAGGCGUCAUGCCGUACCCAGAACCGAAGCAGCUGGAUCUGUUCUGGAACAUGGCACAUGCUGCUGAGUUUUCUGAGGGCCCCGAAGUUUUACAGGCGCCAAAGGUAACCGGCAUCACGCCCAGCACCGCCCUGCCGUCGCAGGUGGUGGUGCUGCUUGCAGAAGACAUCCCGCUCGGGUACGGGUUCCAGGGCGCAGUGUACAUUGCCGGCACGCAGGCAGUUGUCCUGGACAUCACAACCACCAACAUCACCGCCAUUGUGCCGCCCACGGCCCGCUCAACAGACAACGCCGACGGCAGCGGGGCAGUGGACCUGGAGGUGUACGUCGACAACUCGCCCGUGCAGGUGCAGGGCAGCGCAGCGCUGUCGCUGUACGCGCCCGUGCAGAUCACGGAGGUGACGCCGAUAACGGUGUCUGAGGGCGUGCGUGUGACGCUGACUGGCCAGUCGUUUGUGGCUGGGGGCGUGGACGCGACGUCUGUGACGGUGGACGGGGUGGAUGCUGUUGUGGAGAGCGUGACGGAGACGGCGAUUGUGCUGCGCAUGCCUGCGCUGGCGAGCCGGGUGGGAACGCGGGCGGACGUUGUGUUCUCUGUGCGGGCGACGGCGCUGUAUGGGUCGCCGAGAGUGCAGGUGACGCGGUCUGUGCGCGUGAUUUCAUCUGGCGGCAUCACGGAGGUUGUGCCAGCCAAGUGGAAGGCCGGGGAUGUGGUGCGGAUCUCGGCGCAGCGGGGCACGGCACUGAGCACGCUGGUUGACAUUGGGGCGUCUGUUGUGUCGCGGGUGUUGUUUGGGGAGACUGAGCUGCCAGUGGACAUCUUUUCCUCGUUUGUUAACACGACGGAGUGCGUGAACCAGAAACUGCGUGAUCUGACGACCCGCACCAUCUCCACUGACACCGUCAACUCCGUACUGGAGGAGCUCACCAACAUCACCAAAACCUCAGCGCUGUUUGCGCCCGAGGAUGUUGGUAACUCAUUCAGCAUCCUCAACAAUGCCACGGGCCUGCUGGAUACGGAUAUGGACAUGCUUGAAGAAGAAACAUACCGGUACAUUGUGCGUGGCGCGAGCGACCUGAUGGCCGUUGACGGCUCUGUGCUGGAGCAGUCCGCACGCAACGACGGUGUUCAAGUGAAUACUAUUCCAACGAUUGUGGAGCGAUGGACGGACGGGCUUGUCGACGUUCUUCCUGGGGACAGUGCGUCUGUGCAAGUGGAACGCAACAUUGUAGUGGUGGCAUACCGUUUUAUCACUACACGCGCGGCGUUCAAGGGCAGCGCCAACGAGGUCAACUCAAGCUGUUCCAGGUGUAAAGUGGAGGAAGCAAGCAACGACGCCAUUGCCCCACUGCUCAUCGACACACCCGUCAACUACAGCAUCUCAUCCGACAGCGUAGAAAGCAUCGCGGUGACAUUCUUUCGCGAUUCACGCCUGUUUGCGGGCAUCGACACACUCAACCCGGUGUCCAACGGGACCACGCUUCCACGCGACCUGAUCAACCGGACGUUCGUCAACUCCCCUGUCCUGUCUCUGCAAACGCGCCGACUUCGUGGCGCCGCAUUCGAGGGCGAGGCGGUCUUUAGCUUGCCGACGAGCUACUUUGGCAAUCGCACGCUUGAUUCGCGCGCGUGCUCUUUCUGGGUGGCGCCGACUGUGGACGCUGCUGGUCGCUGGUCAAACAUGGGGUGUGAGCUUGUGUCUGACGUUGGCGACUAUGUCACGUGCAGCUGCAACCACCUCACCAACUUUGCCAUCCUCGCCAAUUAUGCAGAGUCUGUGUCCCCGUCUGUGAACGCUGUUAUCCUCAGCUACAUCACGUACAUUGGCGUUGGGGUGUCUGUGUUCUGCAUGGUGCUGACGGUUGGCGUGUACCUGUGGUACAAGCGGCUGCGGGAGGACCUUGGGCGCAUCAUUGUGAUGCACCUGUGUGUGACGCUGACGAUAUCGCUGUUGUGCUUUGCCUUUGGCAUUGAGGAGACGAGCCACACGGACACGUGCACGGCGAUUGCGAUUGUGCUGCACUACUUUCUGCUGAGCGCGUUUGCGUGGAUGGUGGUUGAGGGGUAUCACCUGUACUCGACGUUUGUUGUUGUGUUUCACGGGAGCCACCGGUCUGACCGGCGGCAGCACGUUCGGUUUGCGGCGUUUGCGUAUGGCGUGCCGGCGCUGAUUGUGCUUGCGACGGGCCUUGUGAUUGGCGAGGAAGGGUACGGGUAUGAGGAUGCGUGCUGGCUGCCAACGAAGAACUAUGAGAUUUGGGCGUUCCUUGGUCCAAUGUGCUUGGCCAUCCUUGUGAACAUUGUGUUUUUCGUUCGCAUCAUGCGCUCGAUCCUGAGCGUGAGCGUGGCUAAUGCCGACAAGGCGACACGGCAGCGUUUCAUCCGCGGCGUGCGAGCGAGUGCGUCGUUCCUGUCCAUCAUGGGCGUGACGUGGGUGUUUGGGGCGCUUUUGUUUUCUGGUGCCGUUGCCGUCCAGUACCUGUUUACCAUCUUCAACGUCUUCCAGGGCUUGUUCAUCUUCAUCUUCCACUGCGUGUGGAAUGCAAGCGUGCGAGAUGCGGUGACAGGAAAGUCCAAGCGCGAUGCCAUUGCACACAUGCGCUCCCGUAGCCACAAGCCUUACUCCGCCGGCGCCGCUGCCAGCGACACAAUGCAGUCCCACCAUUCCUCAAACCCAGCAGGGUUCUCCACAAAGCUGGGCACGCUCGGAAAGCCCACGCCUCUUCAGGAGCUGUCUGGUGCUGAGGCGGUCGAAGGGUACUUGGACGUCAUGGAAUCACGCCUGGGAACUGCGGAUGAUAGCCGUGCCAACACGCUGAACACGACCACAACAACGCUGUCUGACUCGCAUCACAUGUUCAACAACCCAAACGCUGCUCCGAACGACCUGAGCGUUGACAGCUCGCACUCGCACGAUGAUGAUGGCGGCAGCAGCAACGACGAUGAUGCUGGUGACAUUGACGCCAUUACGGCUGUCGAUGAUGACGAUGAUGAUGAUGAUGAUGACAACGGGGAUGAUGAGCACACCGCACUGCAGCCCUCUUCAAUCAUGGCGUGGAUGACCGGCAGCGACAAAUGAUGAUUCGUCCCAAAGCUCACGAACACCUCCAGGAACCACAUGAGCCACCCUGCCUCCUCGUUCCUCCACUGGUGCUCUUCUGUUAUCCCCCCACCCCUCUAUUCUUACAUUGCAA